AUGACGGACCCAUCUGCCUACUCAUACCCAUCUCCAUUGGAGGGAUACGAAAACCUUGAGCCGCUGUCCGACGAGCGAAAUGAAGACGGCAAGUCAUUAAAGAACCCUCAACAUGGCAUAUUAAGCAAAGCCUACUCUGAAUUCCCGGACCCUCUUUCCAAAGGCCGGGAGGGAGGCUUCGACGUCCAUAUUUAUCAUUUCCAAAGCAACCCCGAACAAGCUGCAUACGCCAAAGCGCUCUGGGAACGAAUCAGACGAGAAUUCCCCGAGCUCCGAAUUUAUACUUUCUUCGACCGACCUAUUGGCCCUCACCCGGUAGCAAUGUUCGAAGUGAAUUUGUUCACACCAGCGCAGUUUGGAGCUUUCGUUCCCUGGCUGGUUAUUAACCGGGGCCCGCUUAGUGCUCUCGUUCAUCCCAAUACUGUGGCAUCGGAGGAUGAGCGCAACCAUACCCAACGCGCGACCUGGCUUGGUGACCGUAUUCCGUUGGAUUUGAGGCUUUUCAAGUUGAUGGCGGCAGCGCAGAAGAAGAAGGAAGAGGAGGAGGAGGAGGAGGAGGAGGAGGAGGAGGAGGAGGAGGAGGAGGAGGAGGAGGAGGAGGAGGAGGCAGAGAAGGCGAAGCUGGAGAAACUGUAG